AUGGGAGGAUUUGAGGAUUUUUGCGGUGGACCUAAUGUGAAUCCGGUGAGUUUUUGGGAUGAAAAUUUGAAAAAAUUCGAAAAUUUCAAGAAAAAUCUGAAAUUUUGAGCUGAAAUUCAUGAUUUUUGAUGAAUUUUGACCCAGAAAACCUUGGAUUUUUUUCCAGAAAAAAUAAAUUUUGAAAUUUUCUUCUUAUCAAUAUUUUUUGAAUUGAUAAGAACCCAGAAAAAUUUUUUGAUUUAAAAAUUUGAAAAAAAAUUUUGUACUGUUUCAAAAUUCUAAAAAAGUCAAAAAAAAUUGAGAAAAAAUUUCACUGUUUCAAAAUUUGCUCAAAAUUUUUUGAGAUUCAGAAAAAUUUAUUGCUUAACUUCUUUUUUAUAAAAAUAGCUCAGGAUUUUAAUUUUUUGGCUGAAAAUUGCUGAAAAUCUGAAUUUUCAGCAAAUUUAACCCUAGAAAAUUUACUGUUUCAAAAUUAUUUUAAAUUUUUCGAAAAUUUGAAAAUUUUUGAUUUUUCAGCGGAUAACUGUUUCAAAAAAAUGUGAAAAUUCAAAAAUUCAAGAAAAUUUCAAAUUUCCUCCCAAAAAAAAUUCACUGUUUCAAAAUUUGCAUAAAUUUUUUUGAGAAUCAAAAAAUAUUUGAUCUAAUGUCGUAGUCCACCUUUAAUAAAAUUCAGUUUUUCAUUUAAAAAAAUCAAAAAUUUCAUUCAUGAAAAUUCACUGUUUCAAAAAUUUGAGAAAUUCAGAAGUUCUUCGAAAUUUCCAAUAGGUUCCUGGUUUUAUAAGCCGAAAAAAUAGGUUUCAAAAUUCUAAGAAGAUAUUUGGAAAAAUGUUCAAAUUUGAUUUUUCUCCGAAAGAAAAUACCUCAAAAUAUUCACUGUUUCAAUAAUUUUACUAUUUGUUUUUGAAAUUCAGCUUGAAAAAACCUGAAUUUUUGAGCUCGAAAAAAUACGUUUCAAAAUUUUAAGAAAAUUCAGAAAUUCAGAAAAAUUUAUUGCUUAACUUCUUUUUUAUAAAAAUAGCUCAAGAAUUAAAUUUUCAGCUUAAAAAAAUGCUGAAAAUCCCAAUUUUUCACUCAAUUUUACCCUAAAAAAUUUACUGUUUCAAAAUUAUUUAAUUUUUUUUGAAAAUUUGAAAAUUUUGAGUUUUUCUAGAAAAAAGUAUUCACUGUUUCAAAAAAUUGAGAAAAUUCAAAAAAUUUCAAUUUUUCAGCAAAAAUACUGAAAAAUAGCUCAGGAAUUCAAAUUUUAUACUGAAAAUUGCUGAAAAUCCGAAUUUUCAGCUUAAUUACUCAAAAAUAGCUCAGGAAUCCAAAUUUUUGGCUGAAAAUUGCUGAAAAUCCGAAUUUUCAUUAAAAAUGGCUCAGGAAUCUGAAUUUUUGGGUCAAAAACCUCCCUGAAGCCCCCUAAAAUCUCAAAAUCAAUUUUUUCAGUUUCCCACCGGUCUUCCCAACAUUUCUGUGUGUUUUCAACACACACUUCUCGUCUGGAUUCCCACAAUUUUCUUCCUUCUCACACUUCCAUUCUUCAUUGCUCAGUGUAAAUUGACAGGCGAAAGAUUUGCGAAAUUGCCGUUCAGUUUUGCGAUUUGCUUCAAAUUGGUGAGUUUUUUGGGGAAUUUUGAGCUGAAAAACUGAAAAAUUCGUGAAAAAUGCGAAAUUUUCAGCCAAAAUUUGAGAUUUUUGGUGAAUUUUGAGCUGAAAUUCGAAAAAUGCGGAACUUUUUGUUCAAAAAAAAUUUUUCUACUAGAAAAUUAUGCUAAUUAGCUUAGUCACAUGCUAAUUAGGCCAAAAAUCAACAAAAAAAAAUUUUUUUUUUAAAUGUUUUCAAGCGAAGCGAAAAUUGGCAAAAACACAGAUUUUUGGGGGAUUUUUGGCGCGAAAAUUUGAAUUUUCAAAAAUUUUGACCCCAAUUUUUUUUUUGAAAAUAGUUCCCAAGAGGAAUUGAACCCUUACCCUUCUGAUCAGAAAAUUAUCGAUUUUUUCCAGUUAUGUUGUGCUCUUCUAUCACUCAACUCGAUAUUUGUGUGGUUUUUUGUGAUUUUUUCGUCGAACUCAUUUGCCGCCGCCUAUUUUAUUUAUCCAUUUUGUUGGGCUCUGGUUUUUGUGAGUUUUUUUGGGGAAAAAUUUGGGGAAAUUUUGAAACAGUGAAUUUUUUGAGUGAAAAAUUCAAUUUUUAAUUGAAAAUUCGGUUGGAUUCAGAAUUUUCAGCUCAAAAAUUGUCCCAAAAAUUCACUGUUUCAAAAUAUUUUUAAAUAAUUUUUGGAAGUUUUCAAAAUGUUGCUCAGACAGUCAAUUUGGUUUCUAAAAUUAAAUUAAAUUUUUUUAUCGAAAUUCGUUAGAAAUUUGGAAUUUCUCUAUGAAAUCGAAAUUUUCACUUGCAAAAUUUUUUUCCAAAAAUCUACUGUUUCAAAAUGUUGUUAUAUAAUUUUUGGAAAUUUUCAAAAUUGAUUAUCCAGUUGUUUUUGUUUUAAAUUGGGAUUAAGAGAUUUUGAAAAAUAUGAAAAAAUUGAAUUAAUUUUCCAAGUUUUUGUAAUCUGGAAAUUAUUGAACAUUUAAAAUCCUAAAAAAAUCUCAGAGAAAAUCUACUGUUUCAAAAUUUUCUUAUAUAAUUUUUGGAAAUUCUCAAAAUUAAUACGACAGAAAAAUCUAAUUUUUCUCUCUAAAAAUAUUAAUGAAACUUCACUGUUUUAAAAAUUCUACUUGGAAUUUCAUAAAAUUUAGAUUCUCGAUGUUCGAAAUUUUCUCUUGCAUUGUUUUUUUUCCAAAAAUUCACUGUUUCGAAAUUUGGUUUUAUUUUUCUUUGAAAAUUAUCAAUAUUCAUCAAGGACUGGUUAAAGACACGUAGAAAACUAGAAAUCGUUCAAAAAUCAUUAUUUGCAUGUUUUUUAUCAUCCUUCAAAUAGUGGAAGUACAUAAACAAAAUUGAAAAAUAUUGAGUUUAGCGAAAGUCAAAAAAAGAAAUUUCCUUUUUUGAAAUCGCUCAGCCGACGCGACAUUUGGUGUUUGCACAAAUGUUCGUGAUUUGCCGCACAUGUGUGCAUUCUUAGCAUACCGUACCACCACUUUUUAUUUAUUUUUUCUUUUUUCAAACGAACAACACACAACUUUGAAAAAAGACGCGCGUUCAAAUUUUUACGAUUACGAACACACAUUUCUAGUUUUCUACAUGUCUUUAAUAGAAUCAGAAACCUGAAAAUCAUGCAGAAUUCCAAAAGCAAUUAAAUUCGCACCUGACAAGUUUUCCCAAAAUUUCACCGUUUCAAAAUUUUCUCAUAUAAUUUUUGGGAAUUCGCAAAAUUGAUUAUUCAGUUGAAUGUUCUCAAAAUUUACUGUUUCAAACAUUUUAUUCAAAAACAUUGCAAAAAUUAAUUUUUGAUAGAUCAAUCAACUUCAUAAAAAGCUCUGAAAUUGUCAAAAAUUCAAAAAACAAAGAAAUUCGCAACUGAAAAAUUUCCCAAAAAUUCACUGUUUCAAAAAUUCUUUUUCAUAAUUUUUGAAAGUUCUCAAUAUUAAUGGUAGCAAUUAAUCAUUUGCGAAAAAAACUGAAAUUUUUUAUUUUUUACAAAAUAAAAACUAGAAAUGAAUUUUAGUUUUCCAAGUUUAAAUUCUAGAAAAGAAAUCUCAGAGAAAAUCUACUGUUUCAAAAAUUUUACAUGAAAAUUCAUUAAAAUUUGUUUUUGAUUUGUUGAACCCAAAGAAAUCUGAAUUUUCAGCUUCAAAAAUUUUCCUAAAAAUCCACUGUUUCAAAAUGUUUUCAUAUAAUUUUUGGGAAUUCGCUAAAUUGAUCACUCAUUGACAAGAAUUAUCCUAACUUCAAAAAAUCGAAAUUUUCUCUGAAAAAAGCUUUUCAAAAAAAAUCUACUGUUUCAAUAUUUUCUUAUAUAAUUUUUGGAAACUCUCAAAAUUAAUCACUCAUUGACAAGAAUUAUCCUAACUUCAAAAAAUCGAAUUUUUCUUGAAAAACAAUUUUUCUAAAAAAAAUCUACUGUUUCAAAAAGUUUUCAUAUAAUUUUUGGAAAUUUUCAAAAUUAAUGGUAAUAUCUUACUUUAUUUUAUGAUGAAUACAUUUUGAAAAAUACGAAAAAAUUGAAUUUUCCAAGUGUUCGAAUCUGUAAAUUAUUCAAAAUUCAAUCAAAUAAUCCUAGAAAAAAAUAUCAAAAAAAUUUACUGUUUCAAAAAUUCUACUUGAAAAUUGUGCGAAAUAAAAACUAGAAAUGAAUUUAAGUUUUCCAAGUUUUUGAAAUCUGAAAGCUGCCCAGAAAAUUGAAAUAAAGUUUCAACCAAAAAAUCCUAGAAAAGAAAUCUCAGAAAAAAUCUACUGUUUCAAAAAUUCUACUCAAAAUUUCAUGAAAUUCAGUUUAUCGAUCUUUAUUAUUCAAAAAAUCGUAAUUUUCUCCCGAAAAAAAUUUUCUAAAAAAUUUACUGUUUCAAAAUAUUUUUAAAUAAUCUUUGGAAAUUCUCAAAAUUCAUUUUUAACUUCCAAUGUUCACAAAAUUUAUGGGACUAUUCAAGUUAUUUUCUCAACGCUGAGAAAAGCGAAGAAAACCUAUUCAGGCAAGCUGAGAAAAUACGAAAAAAGUGGAGAAAAUACAUUUUCUCCGCAUUUCUCCUGUUUUCUCAGCAUGUUGAGAAAUUACUUGAAUAGCCCCAUUACUGUUUCAAAAUUUUUAUUCAAAAAAUUACAAAAGUUAAUUUUUGAUAAAUCUGACUUCAAAUAAAGCUCUGAAACUGUCAAAAAUUCGAAAAACACAAAAAUUUGCUCUAGUGAAAAUUUCCCAAAAAAAUUACUGUUUCAAAAUUUUUUUAUAUAAUUUUUGGAAAUUUUCAAUUUGUUCUCUUUUUUCAUUUUCUACUUAAAAUUUAGGAUGAAUAAAUUUUGAAAAAUGUGAAAGAAUUUCAUGUUUCGGAGAUUUUUAAAUCUGAAUAAAUUUUUUAAAUAAAAAAAUCCUAGAAAAAAUUCUCGAAAAAAUUUACUGUUUCAAAAAUUCUACUUGAAAUUUCAUUAAAAUUUUGUUUUUGAUUUUUGAUAGUUGAACCCUGAAAAAUCGAAAUUUUCAAAUGUUAAAUUUUCCCAAAAAAAUUCACUGUUUCAAAAUUUUCUUAUAUAAUAUAUAAUUUUUGGAAAUUCUCAAAAUUGAUUUGUCUUCGAAUUUUUACCUUGUAAAAAAAUUUUUCUAAAAAAAAUCUACUGUUUCAAAAUUAACAUGAGCAAUGCUCUUUUUUCUUCCAGACCUGCACAUUUCUCCUGCACCUCGUCAGAUUGAGAUGUGGUGUAGUGACGUCAGGAGUUCAACAUCUCACCGCAAUCUUAUUUCUGCUCUCCGGAGCUCCAGAAUUCUAUCAGUGGUGUAGGAAUCUUGGUGCUGCCACGUCAUCCGAACCUCUUGGAAUCGCAUAUCUGAUCUAUUAUUCGAUUCUAUUGAUCUACACAUUUGCACUGUGUUUUGCCGACAAAAGAAAUCCGAAAGAAGUGGAAAAACUUGGCGCGAAAAAUCCAAGUCCAGAACUACAGUCUAGUUUUCUGAAUCGCUUGACACUUUGGUGGUUCAAUAGUGUGCCUUUUGCGGGAUAUAAGAAGGAUUUGGAGCUGGAGGAUGUUUUUGAGCUCAGCGAGCGGAGCAAAACUGCGCAUUUGUUUGAAAUGUGGAAAGGGUUUUGGGAACCGAAGAGAUUGAGUAAGUCUGAAAAUUUGGGAUUUUUUGAGCCUAAAUUAGGCCUGGGAAGCCUGGAUUUUAGGCCUGAAGAUUUGGGAUUUUUGAGCCCAAAUUUGGGCCUGAAAAGCAUGGAUUUUGGGGCGGAAAUUUGGGAUUUUUUGGGCCUAGAUAAGCCUAGAUUUGGUCUGAGAAGCCUAGAUUUUUCAAGCCUCAAUUUGGCCUGAAAAGCCUGGAUUUUAGGCCUGGAAAUUUGGGAUUUUUUGAGCCUAGAUAAGCCUAGAUUUGGUCUGAGAAGCCUGGAUUUUGGGCCCGAAAAUUUGGGAUUUUUUGAGCCUAAAUAAGCCUAGAUUUGGCCUAAGAAGCCUGGAUUUUGGGCCUGAAAAUUUGGGAUUUUUUGAGCCUAAAUUUGGCCUGAGAAGCCUGGAUUUUAGGCCUGAAAAUAGGGCCAUUUCGGGUCUAAAAUCACUAGAAUCGAGUGUUUCUAACCUGAGCAAUGCCAAGAAAAUUAGAAAAAUCCAAUUUUUCACAAAAAAAAUUUCCAAAAAAAUUUACUGUUUCAAAAUUUUUAUGAAAUUUUCGAAAAUUUUAAAUUUUUCAGUAAAAAAACUAUUUAAAUUUCAUAAAAUUAUUGAUUUUUCUAACAUGAGCAAUGCUCCAAAAUUUUUGAAUUUUUAAAUCAAUUUCUAAUUUUUGGGCUUAGUAUGAGCAAUGCUUCACGAAAAUUUCACGAAAAUUCUCGAAUUCGGGCUCAAAAUGCUCCAAUUUUCACCAGAAUUAUUGAUUUUUCUAACAUGAGCAAUGCUCCAAAUUUUUCCAAUUUUUAAAUCAAUUUUAGAUCGCUACCCGAUUACAUUAACGAAAUUUGAAAAAAUCCCGAAAAAUUUUAAAAAUUUUUGAAACAGUGAAAAAAACGUGACCUAAUUUUUUUUCCAAAAAAAAAUUUUUUUUGCUCAUUUUUCAUGAAGAAAUCAAUAGGAAAAUGUGGUUUUUUGUGAGUUUUCGAAAUUUUUUUGGGUUUAACAUGAGCAAUGCUCCAAAAUUUUCGAAUUUGGGCUCAAAAUGCUCCAAAUUCUACUAAUUUUCUUGAAUUUGGGCUCAAAAUGCUCCGAAUUUCCCAAAAUUUCCCAAUUUUUCAGAAUACAUCGAAGAAAACAGCAUCUGGAACAAGGAUUUGGACGAAAAAGGUCCCCCAUACCCGUCAGUUAUCGCAACUCUCUUCCAAAUGUUCAAAUGGGAAUUCAUGUUGGCGUCGGUGCUCAAAUUCACCUCUGACACCCUGCAGUUCGCCAGUCCGUUUUUGUUACAGUAAGUGGGCUGAAAAUCGCACAUUUUCAGCUAAAGAUCUGAAAAUCUGGCUGAAAAUGAUGAAUUUUGAGCUGAAAAUCGAUAUUUUUCACUCCUAGACUCGAAAAACGCCGAAUUUUUCGAGCAUUGCUCAUAUUAAACUCAAAAUUCAGCAGCAUUGCUCAGAUUAGAAAAUUCUGAUAGUUUUGUGAAUUUAUAUGUUUUUUAAGUAAUUAAGUUUAAUGAUGUACGUAAAGUUGAAAAAGAAUUAAAAUUUCAUCAAAAAUCCAAGAAAAUUGAAAAUUUCUCAUAGAAAUUUUGAAACGUAGAAUUUCUGGUUUUUUUUGUGUGAAAAAUUGGACUUUUCAAGCAUUGCUCAGGUUAGCAAAUUUGAAAUAUUGAUUUUUUAAAAUAAAAUAAGUUACAGUAACUUUUUUAGUAACUUUCAAUAAAUCAUCAAAAAAUCAAAAAAAUUGAAAAUUUCUCAUAGAAAUUUUGAAACAGUAGAUUUUCUGGAAAUUUUUUUGAGGGUCAAAUUGAUUUUUUUUAAUUCAGGCUUUUCAGGCCUAAUUCAGCCUAGAAAUCCAGGCUUAUAUGGGCUCUGAAAAUCCCGAUUUUUCAGGCCAUAAACCAGGCCCAAUCUAGGCUUAUCUAGACUCGAAAAAUCCAGAAUUUUCAGGCCAAAACUAGGCUUAUCUAGGCUCUAAGAAUCCCAGAUUUUCAGGCCUUAAACCAGGCCGUUCCAGGCUUAUCUAGUCUCAAAAAAUCCCAAAUUUCCAGGCCUGAAAUCCUGGCCAUUUAGGCUCAAAGGGGCCUUAAAAAUCCAGGUUUUUUAGGCCUAAAACAUGGCUCAUCUAGUCUCAAAAAAUUCCAAAUUUCCAGGCCUAGAAUCCAGGCUUUUCAGGCCAAAUCAAAAGGCUUAUAUGGGCUCAAAAAAUCUCGAAUUUUUUACAGACAACUCCUCAACUUCGUCGCCUCCGAUCACGCGGUCUUCUGGAAAGGCAUGUCCCUUUCAAUCCUGAUGUUCUCCACUUCCGAACUUCGAUCUCUGAUCCUGAAUGGCUAUUUUUAUAUCAUGUUCAGAAUGGGAACCAAAAUUCAAACCGCCCUAACAGCUGCGGUUUAUAACAAAACGCUGAUUUUGUCGAAUUCUGCUCGUAGAUCAAAAACUGUUGGAGAAAUUGUGAAUUUGAUGGCGAUUGACGUGGAGAGGUUUCAGAUGAUCACACCGCAAAUUCAACAAUUCUGGAGUUGCCCCUACCAGAUUGCUUUCGCACUGAUUUAUCUCUUCUUCACACUUGGAUAUAGUGCGCUGCCUGGAGUUGUGAUUAUGCUCAUUUUUGUGCCGAUGAAUAUUUUUAGGUGGGUUUUGGAGCGUUUUGAGCUGGAAAUCAUGAAAUUCUGAGCAUUUUGAGCCGGAAUUUGAAGAUUUUUGAAAAUUUGGAGCAUUUUGAGCUAGAAUUCAUGACUUUUGGAUUUUUCUAACAUGAGCAAUGGUUUUUGGAGCAUUUUGAGCUAGAAAACAUGAAAUUCUGAGCAUUUUGAGUCCGAAUUUGGGAUUUUUGGGUUUUCUGAUAUGAGCAAUCCUUUUUGGAGCAUUUUGAACCAGAAUUCAUGAAAUUGUGAUGAUUUUGAGCCGAAAUUUAGAAUUUUUGGGUUUUUCUAACAUGAGCAAUGGUUUUUUGGAGCAUUUUGAGCCAAAAAUCAUGAAAUUCUGAGCAUUUUAAGCUAAAUCUCGGGAUUUUUGGGUUUUUCUAAUAUGAGCAAUGCCUCAAAAAUGAUUAAUUUUCCGGUAACAAAUUCCAAAAACCCAAAAUUCCUUUGAAAACUUUUUGAAACAGUGAAAAUAUAUUUUUGAAAAUUGGUUGAUUCAGGAAACCCGCUUAUCAAAUUAAUUUGAAUUUCUCUCGAAAUAAUUUGAAAAAAUGUUGAAACAGUCAAUUUUUAAACAGAGAAAAUUAGGGUUGGAAAAACAGUGUAGUUGCGUACACGGAUACACGGUUUUCUUCUCUUCUCAAGCAAUUCAGAAAAAAGCGUGUAUUCGUGUAUUCGUGUAUUUUUUUCCAACCCUAGAGAAAAUCAAUUUUUUUGACAAAAAUCAGAAAAAAAUUCACUUUUUCAAAAUUUCCACAAAUUUUCUGGAUUUUCAAAGCUUCUUCAAUUUAAUUUUGUUUCUUAAACCCAAAAAAACAAAAAAAAUAAUGGAUAGGGAUAUACAUAACUAUACUCUAGUUUGACCUAAUCAUAUGCAUUUUUGUUUGUAGUUUGGUGUCAGACAACGAAAAAUCAACAAAAAAUGUGAUUUUUGUUUAAAAAUUACAAAUUUCAACUAUGAAUAUGAGUUAUGACGUGGCAAUUUUUCAACAAAAAAAUGAUUAAUUUUCCGAAUGUAACAAAUUCCAAAAACCCCAAAAUUCCUAUUGUUGAAACAGUGAAAAAUUGCAGAAAUUUGAAAUUCGACACUUUGAGCUAACUAUACAAAAUUUUCCGUAUUUUCUAACAUGACCAACAGAUAUUAAAAUGAAAAAUUUGAAUUUCUCGUAUUUUAAUUUUGAAACAGUGAAUUUUUUUUUUUGAAUUUUUGUCUAGAAAAUUAAUUUUCUCUGUUCAAAAAUUGACUGUUUCAACAUUUUUUCCAAAUUAUUUCGAGAGAAAUUCAAAUUAAUUCGAUACACGAUUUUAUGGCUCAACCAAUAAAAAAAAAUAUUUUUUCACUGUUUCAAAAAGUUUUCAAAGGAAUUUUGGGUUUUUGGAAAUUGUUAACAAGUUUUUUUUAGUGUUAAAAUGCUCAAAAAUUCAUUGCUCAUAUUAGAAAAACUCAAAAAUUUUGAAUUUUGGCUCAAAAUGCUCCAAAUCGCCUCCCAAAGCCUUAUAGGUCAAGAAUUUAAAAAUUUUCAAUUAAAAUGAUAUUCGAAACAUUUUAUUUGAAUUGCAAAAAAAUUAAAGAUUUUUUGAAACAGCAAUUUUUUCACUGUUUCAACAUUUUUCCAAAUUAUUUCUGGAGAGAAUCAAAUUUGUUACAUUGGUAAUAAAUUCAUAAAUUGAUAAAAAAAAGAGAAUAACAAUUUCCAAAAACCCAAAAUUCCUUUGAAAACUUUUUGAAACAGUGAAAAUAUAUUUUUAAAAAUUGGUUGAUCCAUAAACCGACUUGUCGAAUUAAUUUGAAUUUCUUUCGAAAUUUUUUGAAAAAAUGUUGAAACAGUCAAUUUUUGAACAGAGAAAAUCAAUUUUUUAAACAAAAAUUCAAAAAAAAAUUCACUGUUUCAAAAUUUCCACAAAUUUUCUGGAUUUUCAAAACUUUUUCAAUUUGAUUAUGCUUCCUACACCCAAAAAAAAAACAAAAAAAAAUAAUGGAUAGGGAUAUACAUAACUAUACUCUAGUUUGACCUAAUCACAUGCAUUUUUGUUUGUAGUUUGGUGUCAAACAACGAAAAAUCAACAAAAAAAAUGUGAUUUUUGUUCGAAAAUUGCAAUAUUCAACUGUAAACAUGAGUUAUGACGUGGAAAUUUUUCAACAAAAAAUGAUUAAUUUUCCGAAUGUAACAAAUUCCAAAAACCCCAAAAUUCCUAUUGUUGAAACAGUGAAAAAUUGCAGAAAUUAUCCAGAACCAGAACAAAUUUGAUUGUCUUUAGAAAUAAUUUGGAAAAAUGUUGAAACAGUGAAAAAAUUGCUGUUUCAAAUAUUUCAAUAAUAAUUUUGUUGUUGAAAAAUUGCCACGUCAUAACUUAUAUUUACAGUUGAAAUUUGCAAUUUUUGAACAAAAAUCACAUUUUUUUAUUGUUUUUUUUUGGUGUAGGAAGCAUAAUCAUACUGAAGAAGCUUUGAAAAUCCAGAAAAUUUGUGGAAAUUUUGAAACAGUGAAUUUUUGAAAUUUGAAAUUCGGCACUUUGAGCUAACUAUCCGAAAUUUUCCGAUUUUUCUAACAUGAGCAAUAUCCUAAAAUUAUUAUAGAUGUUUUUAGCCACGUGGAUUUUUUUUUGUUGGUGAAAACUAGAAAUUUUUGUGUUAAAAUGGCUCCUCAGAUCAAAAUAAACAAAAAUUGAGUUUCUCGUAUUUCAAUUUUGAAACAGUGAAUUUUUUUUUGAAUUUUUGUUUAAAAAAUUGAUUUUCUCUGUUCAAAAAUUUACUGUUUCAACAUUUUUUCUAAAUUAUUUCGAGAGAAAUUCAAAUUAAUUCGAUACACGAUUUUAUGGCUCAACCAAUAAAAAAAAAUAUUUUUCACUGUUUCAAAAAGUUUUCAAAGGAAUUUUGGGUUUUUGGAAAAUGUUAACAUAUUUUUUAGCGUUUAAAUGUUCAAAAAAGCAUUGCUCAUAUUAGAAAAACCCGAAAAUCCCAAAUUUCGGCUCAAAAUGCUCCAAAUCACCUCCCAAAGUCUUGUAGAUCAAAAUUUACUUCAAAAUUUAUUUUUAAGCAUUGCUCAUGUUAGAAAAAUCGUAAAUUUAUGAUUUUUAGCCUAAAAUGCUCCAAAAACCAUUGCUCAUGUUAGAAAAGCCUAAAAAUCUUGAAUUUUGGCUUAAAAUGCUCAGAAUUUCAUGAUUUUCAGCUCAAAAUGCUCAAAAUUUCCAAAUUUUUGCUCCAAAAUCAGUUUUUCAGCUCAAUAAUCGUGCGAAAAUGGCAAAUCGAACAAAUGCGCCUGAAAGAUGAGCGUACAAAAAUGGUCAAUGAAAUUUUGAAUGGAAUAAAAGUCGUCAAAUUGUACGCGUGGGAAAUUCCGAUGGAAAAACACGUGGAAAAAAUCAGAAAUCAGGAACUUGUGCUAAUUAAAAAGACUUCGAUGGUCCGAAAUAUGUUGGAUUCUUUCAACACGGCAAGUCCGUUUUUGGUCGCCUUAUUUUCGUUUGGAACUUUUGUGCUAUCGAAUCCCAGUCAUGAAUUGACACCGCAAAUUGCGUUCGUUUCACUGGCACUUUUUAAUCAAUUGAGGAGUCCGAUGACUAUGAUUGCGCUGUUGAUUGGACAGGCUGUACAGGUGGGAAGAUUUGGGGAUUUUUGAGCCCGGAAUUGUGAUUUUUGGAGCAUUUUGAGCCCGGGAUCGUGAAAUUUGGAGCAUUUUGAGCCAAAAUUCAGGAUUUUUGGAGCAUUUUGAGCCAUUGCUCAUGUUAGGAUGAUUUUUUCUAGAAAAUUUCCGAUUUUUUAAGCCAAAAAUCAAGAUUUUCGAUAAAAAAUGAGCUGAAAAUUUGAAAUUUUCAAAAAAUUUUGAAACCCAAAAAUUUACUGUUUCAAAAAUUCCUGAAAUUUUGAUGCUAAAAUUAAAAAAUUAUUGGGGAAUUAUCGGCAAUUUUUUUCCGGAAAAUUUUACUGUUUCAAAAAUUUUAUUAGAAGUUUUUGAGUUUGUUUAUUUCUGAUGUUCUGUUCCCUGAGUGAUUAUUGCUUAAAAAUUGUCGAAGCAAAAAUAUUUGCCACGUCAUACUCAAUUUCUUUAGAGCCAAAAAUUUUGAACCUAAAAAUAAUUUUUUUUCUGAAAAAUUCACUGUUUCAAAAUUUUUAUAAAAUUUUUUCGAUUUUUCAAAAAAUGAUAUAGAUUUCCAGAACUUGCCACGUCAUAACUCAAAAAAAUCCACGUGGCAAAAUUUAGGACUGAAAAUUUAACCAAAAAAAAAUGUAUUUUCUAACAAAAAAUUCACUGUUUCAAAAAUUUGUGAGGAAGUUUUUCUGAUUUUCGAAAAAUGUUGUGGCUAUAUUCUUCAUCACUUAAAUUUGACACCAAAAAUAUUGCCACGUCAUAACUCAUGUUUAUUGGAAGCUAAAAAAUCCCAAGAACUUCUUGACAAAAGUUUACUGUUUCAAAAAUUUUAUUAGAAGUUUUUGAGUUUUUUUUUAUUUCUGAUGUAAUGUUUCCAAUGCAAUCACGAUUUUUUUCUGAAAAAGUUCACUGUUUCAAAAAUUCCUGAAAUUCUAGUGCUAAAAUUUGAAAAUUAUUUGAUAAAUUUGCCACGUCAUAACUCAUAAUUUUUGAAGUCAAAAAUUUUCACCAGAAAAAAUUGAUGUUUUUCUAAAAAAAAUCACUGUUUCAAAAUUUUUAUAAAAUUUUUUUUGAUUUGAAAAAAUAAUGAUUUUGAAUCGUUUUACGAGGUGAAAAUUUUAAAAUUUUAAUUUUGGAGAAAACUUGUGAUUUUUGAGCCUGGAAUCAUUAAUUUUGGAGCAUUUUGAGCUAUUGCUCAUGUUAGUAUGAUUUUUUCUAGAAAAUAUCCAAUUUUUUGAGCCAAAAAUCAAGAUUUUUGGUGAAAAAUGAGCUGAGAAUCUGGAAUUUUCAAAAAUUUUUCUAACAAAAAUUUACUGUUUCAAAAUUUCAUUAAGAUUUUUGUGCUAAAAUUGAAAAUUAUUGGCAUAUUGUAAAGUUUUGAAUGAAUUUGCCACGUCAUGAGUUAUGUCUUUUGAGGUCAAAAAUGUUCAUUAAAAAAAUAAAUUUUAUUCUCUGAAAAAAAUUCACUGUUUCAUAAUUUUCACAUAUUUUUUUUGAGUUCUAAUUUUCUGAUCCAAUCUGUUUAUUGUGUGAUUUUUGAGCCCCAGGUCAUUAACUUUGGAGCAUUUUGAGCCAUUGCUCAUGUUAGGAUGAUUAUUUCUAGAAAAUAUCCGAUUUUUUAAUCCAAAAAUCAGGAGUUUUGAUGAAAAAUGAGCUGAGAAUCUGAAAUUUUCAAUAAAAUUUUGAAACCCAAAAAUUUACUGUUUCAAAAUUUCAUUAACAUUUUUGUGAUAAAAUUAAAAAAUAUUUCGUAAUAGUUAAAUAUUGGAUAAAUUUACCACUUCAUAACUCAAUUUUCCGAAGUUUAAGUAUUUUACAAAAACAAUUGAUUUUAUUCUCUAAAAAAAUCACUGUUUCAAAAUUUUCAUAAAUUUUUUUCGAUUUGAAAAAUAAUGAUUUUGACUUUCAUUCAAGUUUUAAAAGUUUAAUUUUGGAGAAAAUUGGUGAUUUUUGAGCCCAGGUAAUUAACUUUGGAGCAUUUUGAGCCAUUGCUCAUGUUAGGAUGAUUUGUUCUGGAAAUUUUCCGAUUUUUUAAGCCAAAAAAUCAAGAUUUUUGUUGGAAAAUGAGCUGAGAAUCUGGAAUUUUCAAUAAUUUUGAAACCCAAAAAUUUACUGUUUCAAAAAUUCUUGAAAUUCUAGUGCUAAAAUUUGAAAAUCACUUGAUAAAUUUGCCACGUCAUAACUUAUAAUUUUUGAAGUCAAAAAUUCACAAAAAAAUUAAUGUUAUUCUCUAAAAAUAAUUCACUGUUUCAAAAUUUUCAUAAAAAUUUUUCGAUUUUUGGAAAUCUGAUUUCAUGAUUGUAUGUUGAUUGUGAUACCUAAAAGUCCUAAAUUUUGCCACGUCAUAACUAACAAAUUUUUAUUUCUGAAAAAAAAAAUAACUGUUUCAAAAAUUCAUUAAGAUUUUUAUGCCAAAAUUGAAAAUUAUUAAUCGCAAACUCGAAUUUUACAUGAAAAUAAAGAAAAAAAAUUUAACUGUUUCAAAAAUUCUUGAAAUUUUGAUGCUAAAAUUUUUAAAAUUAUUGGGGAAUCCUUAAAUUCGCGAUAAAUUUGCCACUUCAUAAGUCAUAAUUUUUGAAGUCAAAAAUUUUCACCAAAAAAAUUAACUGUUUCAAAAUUUUCAUAAAAUCUUUUUUGAUUUUUCAAAAAAUGAUAUCAAUUUUUCUGUCUGACUAAUGAAAUGUUAUUCUAUAAAAAAAUUAACUGUUUCAAAAUUUUUGCAUAAAAUUUUUUCGAUUUUUAAAAAUAAUGAUUCCGACAUUCAUAGCAAUUCAAGUUUUAAAAGUUUAAUUUUGGAGAAAAUUUGUGAUUUUUGAGCCCGGAAUCAUUAAUUUUGGAGCAUUUUGAGACAUUGCUCAUGUUAGGAUGAUUUUUUCUAGAAAAUAUCCGAUUUUCGGAGCCUAGAAUCAAGAUUUUUGGUGGAAAAUGAGCUGAAAAUCUGAAAUUUUCAAUAAAAUUUUUUUUAGAACUGUUUCAAAAAUUCCCGAAAAAUUUUAAUUUUAAAAAUGUUGUAUUGUCUAUCAUUUGAAGGUUAGCUAGAAAAUUUCCGAAAUUUUUAUUUUCAAAUAUUUUUUUUCGUUAUAAAAAUUCACUGUUUCAGAAUUUUUGGAUAGUUUUUCUGACUUUUUGAACUGUUGAUUGUGUGUAUUUCUUAUCUUCUCCAAUUGAAACGAAAAAAAAUUUCUAGAAAGUUUUGACACGUCAUAGCUCAAUUUUUUUGGUCUCAAAAAUUUUGAACCUAAAAAUAAUUUUUUUUCUGAAAAAUUCACUGUUUCAAAAUUUUUAUAAAAUGUUUUCGAUUUGAAAAAUAAUGAUUUCGAAUUGUUACGAUAGGAAUUCAAAGUUUUAAAUUUUAAUUUGGGAGAAAAUUUGCAAUUUUUGAGCCCAGAAUCAUUAAUUUUAGAGCAUUUUGAGCCAUUGCUCAUGUUAGGAUGAUUUUUGCUGAAAAUUUCCGAUUUUUUCAUUCAAAAAUCAAGAUUUUUGAUGAAAAAUGAGCUGAGAAUCUGGAAUUUUCAAUAAAAUUUUUCUGAAAAAAAUUACUGUUUCAGAAAUUCCUGAAAAAUUUUAAUUUUUGAAAUUUUGUAUUUUCUUCCAUUUAAAGGUUUGCUAGAAAAUUUCCGAAAUUUUUAUUUUCAAAUAUUUUUUUUCGUUAUAAAAAUUCACUGUUUCAGAAUUUUUGUAUAAUUUUUCUGGCUUUUUGAACUGUUGAUUGGGAGUACUUUUUAUCUUCUCCAAUUGAAACGAAAACUAAUUUCUAGAAAGUUUUGCCACGUCAUAGCUCAUGUUUUUUUGGAGCGUAAAAUUUAGAACCGCAAAAAAAAAUUUUUUUUUUCUGAAAAAAGUCACUGUUUCAAAAUUUUUAUUAUUUUUCAAAAAGUGAUAUUAAUCUUCGAAAUUCUAAAAUCACAACAUUUUGAGCACUAAAUAUUUUGCCACGUCAUAACUCAUAAUUUUGACACAAACAUUCCACGUGGAAAAAAUUUCAGAGAAAAUUUUUUUUAUGAAUUUUGGUUGAAAAAAUUUCACUGUCUCGAAAAUUCUUGAAAUUUUAGUGCUAAAAUUUGAAAAUUAUUUGAUAAAUUUGCCACGUCAUUAUAAUUUUUGAAGUCAAAAAUUUUCACCAAAAAAUUAAUUUUAUUUUCUGAAAAAAAUUCACCGUUUCAAAAUUUUUAUAAGAUUUUUUCGAUUUUUCAAAAAAUGAUCCCGUGUUCUGUUUAAUGGGAAAAAGUCCUGAAUUUUGCCACGUCAUAACUCAUGAAAUUUUUUUAAAAAAAAAUUGACUGUUUCAAAAAUUCUUGAAAUUCUAGUGCUAAAAUUUGAAAAUUACUUGAUAAAUUUGCCACGUCAUAACUUAUAAUUUUUGAAGUCAAAAAUUUUCAAAAAAAAUUUCACUGUUUUAAAAAUUUGCCAAAUUUUUUUUUGAUAAAUUUGAAAUUAAUUCAAAUUUUCUGCCGGAAUAUUCAAAAAAAUCAUGAAAUUUCUGAAUUUUGCCACGUCAUAGCUCAAAAAUUCCCCCAAGUUAUUCUAAGUCCAAAAAUAUCAUGUUUGGUAUCAAAAUUCUCCAAAAUUCAUGAAAUUUUCGAAUUUUGCCACGUCAUAGCUCAAAAUUUUCAGAAAAAUCUGAAAAUUCCAAAUUUUGCCACGUCAUAGCUCUAAAAUUCCCUGAAAAAUCUGAAAAUUCCAAAUUUUGCCACGUCAUAACUCAAUUUCCAGGCAGUCGUCUCCAACGAUCGUCUCAAAGAGUUCCUAGUCAUCGAAGAGCUCGACGAAAACGCGGUGCAAAAAUCCUCGCACGCCGAUCGCUCUCAAAACGCUGUGCACGUCGAAAAUCUCUUUGCAACCUGGGAUGAGACGGAUGAGACGCACGCGACACUUGAGGAGGUGAAUCUGUGUGCUCCGCGAGCCGGGCUCAUUUCGGUGGUGGGAAAAGUUGGAGCCGGAAAGAGCAGCCUGCUCAAUGCCCUCCUGGGUGAGAUGACGAAAUUACGGGGACGGAUUGGGGUGAGCGGCCGUGUUGGAUAUGUUCCCCAACAACCCUGGAUACAAAAUAUGACAUUGCGUGACAAUAUCACGUUUGGCCGCCCGUUUGACAAGAAAAAGUAUGAAAAUGUCCUCCUGGCUUGCGCCUUGAAGUCGGAUAUUUCAAUUUUGCCCGCUGGAGAUUUGACGGAAAUUGGAGAGAAGGGAAUUAAUUUGAGCGGGGGCCAGAAGGCCCGGGUUAGCCUGGCACGGGCGGUUUAUCAGGUGGGCAUUUGGGGCUUUGGGGGGCUUUUUUGGGCUCUUUUUGGGGUCUAGAAGGUCCCUAGAAGCUUCUAGAAGCUUCUAGGGACCUUUGGGAGCAUUUUUGGGCUCUAGAGGGCUCUAAAGGGCUCUAGAGGGCUCUAAAGGGCUCUAAAGGGCUCUAGGGAACUUUGGGAGCAUUUUUGGGCUCUUGAAGGUUUUAGGGAGAAUUUUUGGGCUCUUUUUGGGCUCUAAAGGGCUCUAAAGGGCUCCAGAGGGCUUUAAAGGGCUUUUUUGGGAUCUGGAAGCUUCUAGGGAGCAUUUUUGGGCUCUGGAGGGCUCUAAAGGGCUCCAGAGGGCUCUAGGGAACUUUGGGAGCAUUUUUGGGCUCUGGAAGGUUUUAGGGAGCAUUUUAGAGGUUUUUGGGCUCAAAUUUGAAUUUUUUCAAUCAAAAAUUUUUUCACUGUUUCAAAAAUUUUAUUUAAAAAAAAACCUUUUUUUUUUUUAAAUUUCGAUUUAUAGCAACUUUUUGAGACAUUGCUCAUGUUAAAUUUUCAGCCAAAAUUUGGAGCAUUUUGAGCUGAAAAUCAAGAAAAAUUCACUGUUUCAAUAUAUUUUCCACAGAAAUCUUUUUAAAAGCCAUAAAAGUAUCAUUAAUGGAAUUUUUUGAAGUCUAUUUUUUUAAAGAAUUUUUUGAAACAGUGAAUUUUUUCUAAUGAAAAUUUUCCUGAAUUUUUAUAACAAGAGCAAUGCAUCGAAAAUUCACUGUUUCAAAAUUUUCUCAAAAAAAAUUUGAAAUUUUGGUAGUUUAAUCACUUAGUUGCUCUGAUAGAAUAAUCUGGAAAUCUUGAAUUUUAUUUUUUAUAAAAUGGUCAACAAUUUUCCUAACAUGAGCAAUCGAAAAUUCACUGUUUCAAUUUUUUGUAGCGACAUUUGAAGCUCAAUCAACAUUUCAAACAUUUAUAUUUUUACAAAAGAAUUUUUUGAAACAGUCAAUUUUUUCUGACAAAAAAUUUUUUCUUCAAAAAAAUUUUGAAAAUUAUUGAAAAAUUUGAGAAUUUCAUGAUUUUUUUGGAUUUUUUUGAAUUUUUCUAACAUGAGCAAUGCCUUAAAAAUUCACUGUUUCAAUAAUUUUUCAAACAAAUUUCUUUCAAAAACCAUAAUAUGUCAUUAAUGGAAUUUUUGGAGUCUCUAUUUUUUAUAGGAAAAUUUUGAAACAGUGAAUUUUUUUUGACAAAAAAAAAUCGAAAAAUAUAGAAAUAGCUGAGAAUUGAAUUUUUUCUGACAAAAAAAUUCGAAAAAAAAAAAUAUUUUUUUCUGAAUUUUUAUAACAUGAGCAAUACCAAAAAAUAUAGAAUUUCAUCAAAAUUUCAAAAAUCUAUGUUUUUUAAUUAAAAUUUUGAAACAGUGAAUUUUUUUCUGAUAAAAAAAAAUUUGAAAAUUCUUUUAGAAGCUCUUUAAAUUUUUCUAAUAGUGUCUAAAGGCUUCUAAAGGCUUCCCAAGGCUUCUAAAGGCUUCCUAAGGCUUCUAAAGGCUUCCCAAGGCUUCCCAAGGCUUCCCAAGGCUUCCCAAGGCUUCCCAAGCCCCCCAAAGCCUAAUUUUUUUACAGGACCUAGAUAUCUACCUAUUGGAUGAUCCCCUUUCGGCCGUCGAUUCUCACGUGGGCCGUCACAUUUUCGACAAAGUCAUUGGGCCCAACGGCCUUUUGCGGUCCAAAACUCGAAUCCUAGUCACCCAUGGCCUGACUUUUACCAAAUUUUCCGACGAAAUUCUGGUUUUGUCCGAAGGUUGUAUUGAAGAAUCGGGAAAAUACGAGGAAUUGCUGGAGAAACGCGGAACUUUUUGGCGAUUUUUGGAAGAAUAUAAGAGUGGAAGUGGAGAAGAUGAGGAAGAGGAUUUGGUCCGAGGAAUUGAGGAGGAUUUGGGAAAGAUUGAGUUGGAACUGAAGGAGAGGUGGGUUUUUUGGGCUUUUGGGCCGAAAAUUGGGGUUUUUUGACACCAAAUUCGGGAUUUUUGGUCCAAAACAAGCUGGAAAAGGCUUUUGGGCCUGGAAAAUUGGAUUUUUGAGCAUUUUUCGGACUAGAAAUGGCCCAUUUAGGCCUAUAAAGCCUGAAUUAGGUUUCAGGGCCCGGAAAUUCGGAUUUUUGGGCUAAAACAGGCUGGAAAAGGCUUUUAGAGCUGAAAAUUUGGAUUUUUAGGCCAAAACAGGCUUUUAGACCGGAAAUUUCAUAUUUUUGAGCAUUUUUUAGGUUUUCUGACACCAAAAAUGGGAUUUUUGGUCCAAAACAGCCUAAUUUAGGUUUCGGGACCUGAAAAAUUGAAAAUUGCAAUUUUUCCCCCAAAAAAAAUUCACUGUUUCAAAUUUUCUUUACAAAAAAUUUGAAAAUUUGAAAAUUUGAUUACUCUCUUGCCAGUAUUGCUCAUAUUAGAAAAAUUGGAGAAUUUAGUAUGAGCAAUGCUUCUGAAAUCCAGAAAUUCUGAAAAUUUCAGCCAGAAAAUUUUAGAAAUUUUCACAGUUUUUUAAUGCUAAAAUUCAAAUUUCAAUGAAAAAUUUGAAUUUUUGAAUUUAUUUUUGAGAAAAUCCACGUGGCAAAUUUUUGACGCCAAAAAAUCCACGUUUUUCCCCGAAAUUCCCAAAAAAUUCCCCUUUUCCUGACCAAAAACCCGAAAAAACAAAAAAAAAACGCGAAAAAACUCGACCAGCGAGAAGAUGGGAAAAAAAGAAGAGUCUUCUUCAGCUGUGCCUGUAUAGCUCAGUGGCAGAGCGUCUGUCUCGUAAACAGAAGGUCGGCGGUUCAAUCCCGCCUGGAGGCAUCUUUUUUUUUUUUUUGAGAAGAAGGUGGAUAAUUUUAAGGCUAGGGUGGAUAAUUUUAAGGUUGUUUUUGAGGCCUAAGGUAUAUUUAGGGAAUUUGCUUAAGCUAAGGGGUUUGGGGAUUUUUAAGGUAUGAAAUUGGGGGAUUUUAGGGCCUUAUUUAGGCUUGAAAAUUGGGGAUUUUCUAGGCCUUAAUUAGGGUCUAAACGAAGGGCUUUAGGUCUUUAGGUCUAGUUAGGGAUUUUAAGGCUUCUAAAGGCUUCCUAAGGCUUCUAAAGGCUUUUAAAGGCUUCUAGCUUUAAAAAAACUGAAAAUUCCCAAUUUUCAGCUCAAAAAUAUCGAUUUUUGUCUGAAAAUCGUCUUUCUGGUUUAAAAAUCAUCAGUUUUGUAUCAAAAAAUCUGAAAAUUCCCAUUUUUCAGCUUAAAAAAUCUGAAAAUUUUCUUUCUGGACCAAAAAUUGACCUAAAAUCAUGAUUUUCUGCUUAAAAAUUGGGUUUUGAUCCAAAAAAAUAUGAAAAUUCCAAAUUUUCAGCUCAAAAAUUGACCAAAAAUCAGGAUUUUCAGCUUAAAAAUUGGGUUUUGAUCCAAAAAAAUCUGAAAAUUUCAAAUUUUCAGCCCAAAAAAUCUCAAAAAUUUGAUUUUCAGCCCCAAAUUCACCACGCAAAUCUCAAAACUCUCUGAAAAAUCGCCCGAAUCACCGGAAACCAACAAUAAAAUCAUUGAAAAAGAGCGCAUUGCUCAGGGUAAAGUCGAAAUUGCCACGUAUCAAUUGUACAUCAAAGCCGGAACCUAUACAUUAUCGAUCGCUUUUUUGGUGCUCUUCAUCCUCAACAUGACGUGUAAUAUUUUGCGAAGUUUUUGGUUGUCGGCCUGGUCGGAUGAAAAUGAGCCCACGGGCCUGACGCCCGAUGGUCCGGGCUCCAAAAUGAGCCCAAACACGGCCCAGCAGGAGGCCCAGAAAAUGUCGAAUGGCCUCAGGCUUGGUGUAUAUGCGGCCCUGGGAUUUUCGGAAGUUUUUUGCUUUUUUCUCGCGCUCUACGCGUUGGUUUUUGUUGGACAAAAAGCCUCCAGAAAUCUGCAUGCGCCUUUAAUUCACAAUUUGCUCAGAAGUCCCAUGAGCUUCUAUGACACGACCCCGCUUGGCAGGAUUUUGAACCGAUGUGCUAAGGAUAUUGAGACGAUUGAUAUGAUGAUGCCGUUGAAUUUUAGAUAUUUGAUUAUGUGCGCGUUACAGGUGGGUUUUUGGGCGAAAAUUUGGGAGAUUUGGAGCAUUUUGAGCCCGGAAACAUGAAAAAUGAUGAAUUUUAAGCUCGGGAGCAUGAUUUUUGGGUAAUUUUGAGCUUAGGGAAAUUUUAGACCAAAAAUCGAGGGAUUUGGAGCAUUUUGAGCCUAAGAGCAAGAUUUUUGGAGCAUUUUGAACCCAAAACCAAGAUUUUUGGAGCAUUUUGAGCCCGGAAACGUGAAAUUUGAUGGAUUUUGUGCCCAGGAGCAUGAUUUUGGGGUAAUUUUGAGCUUAGGGGAAAUUUAUACCAUAAAUCAUAGGAUUUUGAGCCCGGAAACGUGAAAAAUGAUGAAAUUUGGGCCUAACAUGAGCAAUGCUCAGAAAAUUAAGAGAUUUUGAGUAUUUUGAGCCCAAAAUUCAGGAUUUUUGGGUAUUUUUCAAUAUGAGCAAUGCUUUUGGAGCAUUUUGAGCUCAGAAAUGGGAUUUUUGAGCCUAACAUGAGCAAUGCUCAGAAAAUUCAGAGUUUUCUGGUCAUUUUGAGCCCAAAAUUGAGGAUUUUUGGGAUUUUUCUCAUAUGAGCAAUGCCUCUGAAAGUUCGCUUCUUAUCGAAUUUUAAAAUUUUCUCAUUUUUUUGAGAAAAUUUUGAAACAGUGAAUUUUUUUCAACCAAAAAAAUGAAAAAAUUCGAUUUUUGGGAUUUUUCUAACAUGAGCAAUGUUUCUGAAAAAUUCACUGUUUCAAAAUUUUCCGAAAUAAAUUUUGAUGAUAAACAAAAACCCAGCAAAAAUUUGGUUUUUUCAUAAAAAAUUUGAGAAAUUUUUGAAACAGUGAAUUUUUUUCGACCAAAAAUGGAAAAAUCUGGAAAUUUUCAGACAAAAAAUUCGAUUUUUGGGAUUUUUCUAACAUGAGCAAUGCCUCAAAAAAAUCUGGAAAUUUUCAGACAAAAAAUUCGAUUUUUGGGAUUUUUCUAAUAUGAGCAAUGCCUCAAAAAUCAAUAAAUAUUCAUUCUAACCAGAAAAAAAUCAAUAAUUUAAACUAGAUCUCAAGUUAGCCUAAAUCAUCCAUUAACAGUAACAAUAAUAGUUGUAGCUGAACCAGAACCAGAAGAUUGUGUUGUAGAUUCUGAAGAUCCUGAAUCUGUGGUUUCAGAAGAGGAAUCGGAAGAUCCUCCAGAUCCUCCAGAUCCUCCUGAUCCUCCUGAUCCUGAACCUCCAGAAGAUUCAGAUCUUGAAGAUUUGCUUGGAUGGCAAGCUUCGGCUAGCAAAAUAAUCAGGAAAAAUACAGCGAACGCGAAAAUUUGUGCACUUUUUGAGCUCAUUUUUGAGAGUUAGGCUAAGUUGUUUAGCUUAGGCUUAGGCCCAAAAUCUGGGCUUUUAUAGCAAAAAAAUUUGAGAGGUUCUAGUUUUCUCAAGGUCAGAAUUUUCACCCAAAAAAUUUUGGGUUUUGACAUGAUUUUUGUUGCUGAUCUUAGGCUUAAGCUUGAGAUUAGGCUUAUGAUAUCAUAAGAGGUUUUUUUUUGAUUGAUUAGGUUGAACUAGACUUGGCUUAUCUCUCUUAGGAGGUUUUUUUUGGUGGGAAAUUUGGGGGUUUUAGGGUCUAGAAUGGGUUUAAGGUUCAAUUUAAGGCUUUAGGGAGUUUUAAGGUGGGAAAUUUGGGGUUUUUUGGCUCUAAAUUACCUAAAUUUAGGUUUAGGGCUCUAAGGGCUUUUUUAGGUGGAAAAUAAAGGGUUUUAGAACCUAAAUUACCUCUUUAGACCUAUUUUUAGGCUUAAGGCUUCUUGAGGCUUUUUAAAGGGGAAAUUUGGGAUUUUUAGGGUCUAGAAUAGGGUUAAGGUUUUAUUUUGGGCUCUACGGGCUUUUUAAGGGCUUUUUUGGGUGGGAAAUUUGGGUUUUUUUACCUUAAAUUAUUUUUUAGACCUUAAUUUAGGCUUUAGGCUUUUAAGGCCUUUUUUCUAGGCUUCUAGGCUUCUUAAUGCGAAAAUUAUCGAAUUUUGAACAAUUUUAUGAGAAAAUUCAGAAAAUUUGAUAAUUUUUGAGCUUUUCGGUAGAAAAUUUAGGAUUUUUGACCCUUUAAUAUGAGCAAUAAAUAUUCAAUUUUUAUUUUGAAAUUAGGAUUUGGAACUAAAUCAAAAAUUUCCCCAUUUUCUAUCAGAAAAUUUUGAAACAGUGAAUUUUUUGGUUUUUGAAAAAUUCACUUUUUCAAUUUUUUUUAUUUUCUCUAAACCCAAAUUUUGAAGAACAAAAAAUCACUGUUUCAAAAUUUUCUGAUAAAAAAUUGAGAAAUUUUAAUUUUUGAUUUCAAUAGAGCGUCAUUUCCAAAAAAAAUAGAAAAUCAAAUUUCUUAAAAAAUGGAUUUUUUUUUUGAAAAAUUUCAGACUUUUGACCUGUUUUUGUCUGUAAUUUCAGAUUUCUAAAUUUCAAAAAAAAAUAAUUUCAGGAAUUUUGCAUUUUACAAAGCAUCGCUCAUAUUAAGAAAAAAUUAACGCGAAAAUUGUUUUUUUUUUUUUGAAAAAAAAAUGGCAAAAAAUUUUUUCUGGAAAAUUUCAGGAUUUUGACAUGUUUUUACCUAAUUUCAGAGGUUUCUGAAUUAAACGAAAAAAGCAUUGCUCAUAUUAGGCGAAUAUUAAUAUGAGCAAUGCUCCAAAAUUAGAUAACCUGAUAUUAAAUUUAGGUCAAUUUUUAAAGAAUUAAAAUUUCAAAAAUCUCAAAAUUGCUCAUAAAAACUUUGAAACAGUGAACUUUUUCUGAAAUUUUCAGAUUUUUCUAGAAUUUUCUAAUAUGAGCAAUGAAAAAUUUCACUUUUUCAAAAAAAAAUUUUUUUUUGAAUUUAGAAUUUUUCUCAAACUACAGUACUCCCUCCCUACAGUAACCCAAAAAUCAUCAUUUUUUCUCCAGGUAUUCUUCACAUUACUGGUAAUUAUCAUCUCCACACCACUUUUCGCCAUUGUCAUUGUGCCACUUGGAAUUGUCUAUCUAUUCUUUUUGGUGAGCUCAAAUUUUCAGCCAAAAAUCUCGAAAUUUCAGAUUUUUUGAGCCAAAAAUCAUUGAUUUUGAGCUAGAAUUGAUUUUACGGUCAUUUUCAGCCAAAAAUCUCGAAUUUUCAACCAAAAAUCUGAAAUUUUCAGCGUUUCUACGUGCCGACAGCUCGACAAUUGAGAAGAUUGGAAAGUGUGCAUCGAUCUCCGAUUUAUUCGCAUUUCAGUGAAACGAUUCAGGGAGCCGCCUCAAUUCGAGCUUAUAAUAAGGUGAUUUUUGGGGAUUUGAGCCAAAAUUUGGGAUUUUUCAUGAAAAAUGAGCAUUUUUGAUGAAAAAUGAGCAUUUUUGAGCGAAAAUUUGGGAUUUUUCAUGAAAAAUGAGCAUUUUUGAGCCAAAAUUUAGGAUUUUCAUGAAAAAUCAUGGAUUUUGAGCCUAGAAUUAAUUUCAGGUCAAAAUUCCGUAUUUUUGUGAAUUUUUGGAGCAUUGCUCAUGUUAGAAAAAUUCUAGAAAAAUCUGAAAUUCUGGAAAUUUUGGAGCAUUGCUCAUGUUAGAAAAAUCCAAAAUUUUCCAUUUUUUGGUCUAGAAAAAUUCACUGUUUCAAAAAUUUCUGAAUUUUUUUUUCUGAAAUUUUUUUUUCAGUGAAAUGCUUUAACUCCCAGCUUCUCAAUUUUUCCAAAAAAAUCUGAAAAUUUCGAAUUUCAGCUUGAAAAAUCGGCUGAAAAUUGGGAUUUUUCAAAAAAAAAAAUUAAAAAAAAAUUUUUUUUGGAAAAAAUUCACUGUUUCAAAAUUUUUAUGAGAAAAUUUUGGAUUUUUUGAAUUUCGAUAGUAAUUUUUUAGCUUAGAUUUACCCUAAAUUUAAUUUCAGGUUUUUAGAGAAUUUUUUGGAGCAUUGCUCAUGUUAGAAAAAUCUGAAAUUUCUGAAAUGUUGGUCUAAAAAAUGCCAAUAUCAUCAGAAUUCAAAAAAUCCCAAAUUUUCUUCUAAAAAUUUUGAAACGGUGAAUUUUUCUGGACCAAAAAAGGAAAUUUCGGGAAUUUUUUUAACAUGAGCAAUGUUCUGAAAAUUCAAAAAAUCUAGAAACCUGAAAAAAAUAACUUUUGGAGCAUUGCUCAUGUUAAACAAAUCUGAAAUUUCAGAUUUCCCAAUUUUUGGUCUACAAAAAUUCACUGUUUCAAAAUUUUUAUAUGAAAAAUUUGGAUUUUUGGAAUUUUGAUGCGCUUUUUCUGCUUUUGAUCUCAAAAUUGACCUAAAUUUAAUUUCAGAGAGUUUUUGAGCAUUGCUCAUGUUACAAAAAUCUGAAAUUUUCCAUAUUUUUGGUCUAGAAUAUGCGAAAAUUUCAUUUUUUCAAAAAAUACCAAAUUUUUCAUCUGAAAAUUUUGAAACAGUGAAUUUUUCUGGACCAAAAAAGGAAAUUUCGGGAAUUUUUUUUAACAUGAGCAAUGCUCUGAAAAUUCACAAUUUUAUCAGUGACCUGAAAAUUUCCGAAUUUUCCAUUUUUUGGUCUAGAAAAAUUCACUGUUUCAAAAUUUUUAUGAGAAAUUUUGGGAUUUUUGGAAUUUUUGAUAGUUUUCCGAUUUUUUAUACCAAAAAUGACCUUAAUUUCAGGUUUCUAGAGAAUUUUUGAAGCAUUGCUCAUGUUAGAAAAUCCAAAAAAUUUAAUUUCAGGUCACCCAAUUUUGUGAUCAAUCUGGCGACAAAGUCGACACAUUUAUCCGAUGUCGAUAUACGAGUUUGGUGGCGAAUCGAUGGUUGGCUGUAAGGCUGGAAUUUGUUGGAAAUUGUAUUGUGAGUUGUUGUUAACAUGAGCAAUGCUCUUCGAAAUUUUGGAUUUUGGGUGAAAAUUCGGGAUUUUUUGAGCCAAAAAUUGAAAAUUUUCAUAUUUUCUAACAUGAGCAAUGCUCCUGAAACAUCUGAAAUUUAGAAAAUAAAAAUACGAAUUUUUAACAUGAGCAAUCACUCAAAAUUUGAAUUUUUCCAAAUUUCACGAUUAUUUUGCACAAUUUCAUUAUCAAAAAAAAAUUUCCGAAAAAAAUUUGAAAAUUUUUUUGAAACAGUGAAUUUUUUCAUGGCAAAAAUUGAAUUUUUCCGAAUUUUUCUAAUAUGAGCAAUGCUCUGGAAAUUUUGAAAAUUCAGAUUUUGUUGAUAAUUUACAAGAAAUUUUGAAACAGUGAAUUUUUUAUAUUUAGAAAAAAUUCCCAACCAGAAAGAAAUUAUCAAACUAAAAAAUUUCCGAAAAAAAAAUGAAAUUUUUUUGAAACAGUGAAUUUUUUCAUGGCAAAAAAUGGAAUUUUCCGAAUUUUUCUAACAUGAGCAAUGUUCUUCAAAAUGCAUUUUUUUAGCAAAAAAAUUCAAUAAAUUAUUUUAACAUGAGCAAUGCCUCAAAUAUCCCAAAUUAACCAAAAAGGAAUUAUCAAACUAAAAAUUUCCCAGAAAAAAAUUAGAAAAUUUUUUGAAACAGUGAAUUUUUUCAUGGCAAAAAUUGGAAUUUUCCGAAUUUUUCUAAUAUGAGCAAUGCUCUUGAAACCUUAAAAACUAAGCAAAUAGAAAAAUAAUUUUUUUAACAUGAGCAAUCUCUCAAAAUUUGGAUUUUUUUCACAAAUUUCACUUGCAUUGAGAUAAACGGAAUAAAAAAAAUAUUUUCAUUUUUUUUUAAAUGAAAUUUUUGAAACAGUAAAAUUUUUCAUGGCGAAAAAUUCAAAAUUUUUCAUAUUUUCUAAUAUGAGCAAUGCUUCUGAAAUUUUAAAAAUUCAGAUUUUUGUUGAAAAAUUUACAAGAAAAAAUUCCUGGAUUUUUUAGGUUUCAAAAUUUUUUGAAAUUAAAAUUUGAGAGCGGAAAAUUGAUUUCUUCUUUUUUUCUAUUUGAAACAAAUCUGAUUAUUUUUAACAUGAGCAAUGCUCCUAAAAAUGCAUUUUUUGAGCAAAAAAAUUUUAAAAAAUUAUUUUUAACAUGAGCAAUGCCUCAAAUAUCCCAAAUUAACCAAAUAGGAAUUAUCAAACUAAAAAUUUCCGAAAAAAAAUUAAAAAAAUUUUUGAAACAGUAAAUUUUUCAUGGGAAAAUUUAAAAUUUUCAUUUUUUUAACAUGAGCAAUGCUCCUGAAAUCGUAAAAAUUAAGAAAAUAAAAAUACGAAUUUUUUAACAUGAGCAAUCCAUCAAAAUUUGGAUUUUUUCACAAAUUUCAUUUCAAAUUAAUCAAAAAAUUUUUUUUUCAAUUUUUUUCAUGAAAUUUUUGAAACAGUAAAUUAUUUUGAGCUACAAAAAUUCGAAAUUUUUCACAUUUUCUAAUAUGAGCAAUGCUCCUGAAAUUUUAAAAACUCAGAUUUUGUUGAAAAUUUACAAGAAAAAAAUCCUGGAUUUUUUAGGUUUCAAAAAUUUUUGAAAGUCAAAAUUUGAGAGCGAAAAUUGAUUCACCGUCAUCUUUUCCUUGAAACAAAUCUGAUUAUUUUUAACAUGAGCAAUGCUCCUAAAAAUGCAUUUUUUUGAGCGAAAAAAUUCAAAAAAACAUUUUUUUAACAUGAGCAAUGCCUCAAAUAUCCCAAAUUAACCAAAAAGGAAUUAUCAAACUAAAAAUUUUUCGAAAAAAAAUUGAAAAAUUUUUGAAACAGUCAAUUUUUUCAUGGCAAAAUUGGAAUUUUUCAUAUUUUUUGACAUGAGCAAUGCCUAAAAAUUCAAGAAAUUUAAAUUUUUUCCAGAUUUUCUUCGCCGCUCUCUUCGCAGUUUUAUCCAAAGAAUUUGGUUGGAUAACUCAGGCUGGAAUUAUUGGAGUCUCAAUUUCCUAUGCACUUAACGUAAGGUUUUACCUUAAUUUUUAAGGAAAAUCCUUAAUUUUAGGUCAAAAUGACCUAAAAUUAGGGGAUUUUGACCCAAAAUCAAUUUCCAGAUCACAGAAGUGCUGAAUUUCGCAGUCCGACAAGUUUCUGAAAUUGAGGCGAAUAUUGUGUCGGUUGAACGAGUUGAUGAGUAUACAAAUACACCAAAUGAGGUGGGAAAAUUCAAUUUUUGACUGAAAAUGAGCCAAAUUUUGAGAUUUUUGGCUGAAAAUGAGCCUAGAAGCAUCUUUUUUGGUUAAAAAUGACCGUAAGUACCUUAAUUAGGGUCUUAAGCCCCUAAAUAAGGGCCUUAAAGCUCGUAAGUACCUUAAUUGGGGCCUUUUAAGCCCGUAGGUACCUAAAUUAGGGCCUAAAUGACUUUAGGUAUCUGAAUUAAGGCCUUAACUACCUUAAGGCUUUUAAUGAAAACCUAAGGGCUUUAAUUUAGGCUUUGAAGCCCGUAAGUAUCUGAAUUAAGGUCUUAAGCACCUUAGUUAAGGCCUAAAAGACCUUAAGUACCUUAAUUAAGAACUUAAGUAGCUAAAUUAAGGCCUUAAAGCCCGUAAGUAGAUAAAUUGAGGCCUUAGAGCCCGUGAGUACCUAAAUUAAGGCUUUAAAGACCUCAAGUACCUAAAUUAAGGCCUUAAAGAUUUCGUUAACCCAAAUUUAGACCUUAAUGACUUUUGGUACCUAAACUAAGGCCUUAAGUACCUAAACUAGGGCCUAAAAACUCGAAAUACCAAACUUUAGGCUUUAAAAAGACCUCAAGGGCCUUAAAAAGACUCUGAAGGCCUUAACAAGUCCUAAUGGCCUUAAAAAUAGCGUGAGGGCCUAAAUUAGGGCCUUAAAGACCUUAGGUACCUAAAUUAGGGCCUUAAAGCCCCUAGUAAGUUCAAUUGAGGCCUUGAAGCCCGUGAGUAGCUAAAUUUAGACCUUAAAGACCGUGAGUACCUAAAUUAAAGUCUUAUAAACCUUAAACACCUAAAUUAAGGCCUUAAAGCCCAUAAGUACCUGAACUUAGGCCUUGAAGACCUUAAGCAUCUUAAUUAAAGCUUUAAGUACCUAAAUUAAGGCCUUAAGUACCUGAAUUUGGACCUUAAAGACCGUAGGUAGCCUAAUUACGGCCUUAAAGACCUUAAGCAUCUAAAUUAAGCUCUUAAGUACCUAAAUCAAUAUUUUAAAGCUCGUAAGUGCUUAAAUCAAGACGUUAACGGCCUUAAGGGUUUAAAUCAAAACCUUAAAGCCCGUGACUACCUAAAUUAAGGCCUUAAAGACCUUAAGUACCUAAAUUAAGGCCUUAGAAACGUUAGGUGGCUAAGUAUAGGCCUUAAGUACCUAAAUUAGUGCCUUUAAGGUCUUAACUACUAAACUUUAGGCUUUAAAAAGACCUUAAGGGCCUUAAAAAACCUUAAGGACUUCAAAAAUAACCUAAGGUCCUUAAAAAUACCGUAAGGGCCUGAUUUCAGCCUAAGAGAUCUUAACAACCUAAACUAGUGUCUUAAAGACUCUAGGUACUUAAAAUGAGGCCUUAAGAACCUUAACUACCUUAAUUAAGGCCCUAAACCCCCUAUUUUCGCAGGCUCCUUGGAAAAUUGAAGGAAAGACAGUGCAAACCGGCUGGCCAACAAAUGGAAUUGUAAAAUUCGACAAAUAUUCGACGAGAUAUCGAGAAGGCUUGGAUUUGGUUUUGCACGGUAUUUCAGCUGAUGUGAUGGCUGGAGAAAAGAUUGGAAUUGUUGGACGAACUGGAGCUGGUAAGUGGCUGAAAAUUGGCUGAAAAUGAGCUGAAAUUUGGGAUUUUUGGCUGAAAAUUAACCUGGAAACGUGAAUUUUGGGUGGAAAUGAGCUGAAAUUUGGGAUUUUUGGCUGAAAAUGAGCCUGGGAACGUGGAUUUUGGCUGGAAAUUAGCUGAAAAAGAAUUUUGCCACGUGGAAAAUUAAAAAUCAAAUUUUUUUCAAAAAUUUUUGAAACAGUAAAAUUUUUUUCCAAAAAAAAAAUUUUUUUAAUGAUUUUUUGAAUUUUGAAAAUUUUCUAAUUUUCAGCCGAUUUUUCAAGCUGAAAUUAGAAAUUUUCAGAUUUUUUUGGAAUUUUCCUAAUAUGAGCAAUGCUCAAAAAAGUCUAAAAAAACCUGAAAAUAAAUUUAGGUCAAAAAUUUUCAAAAAUUAAUUUUUUUUCGAAAAAAUUUUGAAACAGUGAAUUUUUUCCAAAAAAAUUUUUUUUCCGAUUUUUUGAAUUUUGAAAAUUUUCUAAUUUUCAGCCAAUUUUUCAGGCUGAAAUUAGAAAUUUUCAGAUUUUUUGGAAUUUUGUAUAAUAUGAGCAUUGAUAUGAGCAUAAAAAAUUAAAUUUAAAAAUUAAUGAAAAAAUUAAAAAAAAUUUUGAAACAGUGAAUUUUUUUUGAAAAAAAUUUUUUAUUUUUUGAAAUUUCAGAUUUUUCUAACAAGGGAACCUCUUCAGCUCGCGGUCGAGUUUUGAGCUGAAAAUUGUUUUGGAGGUACUUUAAGAUGUUCUAAUGGCCAUAUAAAAAAUUCAGCUGCUGAACUCCACUCUGAGCACAAGAAAGUGAGCUCCGAAGUUUGAGCAUUUUCAAGGGCGCACGCGCCAGUUUUAUUCUUUUCGAAAUUUCAACUGCAGAAAAAACAACUAGCAAAGCGCAGCAGGUUAGCGGAUAGCCCCUUGAGGCAAUGCUGUGGGGUUGGACUCCUGCUCCCUUCAACAUUUUUUAAUUUUUUUUUCUUUUUCAAGAAAAUGACUUUGGAGUACUGUAACUUGUUUAAAAAUCGAUUUUUUGAAAAUCUGAUCAUACGGGGUUGUUCUAGAGGGUCAAUUAUAUGGAAAAAUAAGUUCAUAUACUUUUUCGAGAAAAUUCAUUUUUCUUCAAAAUUCAUGGUCAUCGGAUGGAUGAAAAUUUUCGAAAAAAUUUUUUUUUGAAAUAAGUUCAGUUUUUAUGAAAUUGAUCUUCCUGAACAACUCUGUGAAAUCCGAUUUCCAUAAAAACGAUUUUUAGAAAAGUUAAUGGUCGAAGAGAAGAAUUAUGUUGCCAUUCUCUAGAAUUUCGUCCUUUUAAUCCAAUUUCUCAAAAGUUAAUGAGAACAAACCCUAUUGGAAACUUUACAUGUUAAAUUAUACCAACAGCUCUCAAAACUUAUGAUAAAUUUGAAUUCAUAUUCCCAAAUUAUAAGGUCUUCACUUGUCGGGCAAUUGCAAUUGAAAUCGUGGGAGAAAAGAUAAUGAUUUACCAACAUUUCUAAUUUAAAAAAUCAUUUUUCGAUAGAAACUUUAAAAUGUUCAAUUUACAACAUUCCAAACCAGCCAAAUUCCAGAAAAACUCCCGAUUAUCCUAUCUUCGUUCUGGAGAAAAAAACUUCGCAAGCGAUAACUUUCGUAGAAACGGUUUUUAUGGAAAUCGGAUUUCACAGAGUUGUUCAGGAAGAUCAAUUUCAUAAAAACUGAACUUAUUUCAAAAAAAAAUUUUUUCGAAAAUUUUCAUCCAUCCGAUGACCAUGAAUUUUGAAGAAAAAUGAAUUUUCUCGAAAAAUUAUAUGAACUUAUUUUUCCAUAUAAUUGACCCUCUAGAACAACCCCGUAUGAUCAGAUUUUCAAAAAAUCGAUUUUUAAACAAGUUACAGUACUCCAAAGUCAUUUUCUUGAAAAAGAAAAAAAAAUUAAAAAAUGUUGAAGGGAGCAGGAGUCCAACCCCACAGCAUUGCCUCAAGGGGCUAUCCGCUAACCUGCUGCGCUUUGCUAGUUGUUUUUUCUGCAGUUGAAAUUUCGAAAAGAAUAAAACUGGCGCGUGCGCCCUUGAAAAUGCUCAAACUUCGGAGCUCACUUUCUUGUGCUCAGAGUGGAGUUCAGCAGCUGAAUUUUUUAUAUGGCCAUUAGAACAUCUUAAAGUACCUCCAAAACAAUUUUCAGCUCAAAACUCGACCGCGAGCUGAAGAGGUUCCCUUGUAAAAUUUUUUAUAAUAUGAGCAAUGCUCCAAAAAAUCUUUAAAAAAAACCUGAAAUUAAAUUUUGGUCGAAAAUUUCAAAAAUUAAUUUUUUUUUCGAAAAAAAAUUUGAAACAGUGAAUUUUUUAGACCAAAAAAAUCUAGAAAUUUUCAGAUUUUUUUUGGAAAAAUUUGAGAAAUUGAAUAUGAAAGCUAAACGAUUUAACUGAAAAAAAAAUUUCAGAAAAAAAAAAUCAGAAAUUUUUGAAACAGUGAAUUUUUUAGACCAAAAAUAUUAGAAAAUCUUGAAAAAAAAUCAAUUUUUAGAUUUUUAUAACAUGAGCAAUGCUCCAAAAAUUCCAGAAUUUCAGAAUUUUUCUAGAAAUUUCCUAAUAUGAGCAAUGCUCCAAAAAUUCAAAAAAAAUUCUAAAAAAAUUUUUUUUUUCCUAGGAAUCGAUUUUUUUGAUGGUAAGUUUUGAAAUGUUGUGACGUCAUCAAUUUUUUUUUUCGAAAAUUUUUGAAUUUUCAAAUUUUCCCGCCCAAAAAAUCCCCAAUUUUUCCAGGAAAAUCCUCAUUUGCUUUGGCACUUUUCCGAAUGAUUGAAGCGGCCGAAGGCCGGAUUAUUAUUGAUGGAAUUGAUGUGUCGGAAAUUGGGCUGCAUGAUUUGAGAAGCAAUAUUACGAUCAUACCACAGGUUUGAGCUUUUUCCCCAGGAAAUUUGGAGCAAAAUAAGCCGAAAAUCGAUUUUUUGACCCUAAUAUGACCUUAGGGACCUUAAGAAUAACCUUAACUUGUUAGGAAUCUAAAUUUGAAGCAAAAUGAGCCAAAAAUCGAUAUUUUUGACCCUAAAUUGACCUUAGGGACCUUAAGAAUGACCUUAAGAUGUUAAGAAUCUAAAUUUGGAGCAAAAUGAGCCAAAAAUCAAUUUUUUGACCCUAAAAUGACCUUAGGAACCUUAAAAAAUUUUUAACCCUAAAAAUUGACUUUAAGGUUCUUAAGAAAAAGCAAAAUUUCAAAUUCCAGCUUUUCUUCAAGGUUUAGGCUGCUCUUAAGGUUUCUAAGCUCAAAUUAGGUAAAAAAUAACGAUUUUAGGUGCUCUUAAGGCCUCUAAGGUCAUUUCAGGGCUAAUAUAUCGAUUUUAGAUGCUCUUAAGGUCCCUAAGGUCAAUUUAGGGCUAAAAAAUUGAUUUUAUGUGCUCUUAAGGCCCCUAAGGUCAAAUUAGGGCCAAAAAAUCGAUUUUAGGUGUUCUUAAGCUCCCUAAGGUCAAUUUAGGGGUAAAAAUCGAUUUUAGGUAUUCUUAAGGUCUCUAAAUUCAAUUUAGGGUUAAAAAUAUUGAUUUUUCAACAAUUUCUGCUCCAAAUUUAGAUUCUUAAAAUUUUAGGGUAAUUCUUAAGGUCUCUAAGGUCAAUUUCGCUCAAAAAUUCAAAUUUUCCCGCCAAAAAAUCACCUACAGUACCCCUUUUCCUUUCAGGACCCAGUUCUAUUUUCUGGUUCACUUCGCUUCAAUUUGGACCCGUUUUCCACGUAUUCCGAUGAUGAACUAUGGACAGCGCUGGAAUUGGCACAUUUGAAGAGUUUUGCGAUGACAUUGACAAAUGGAUUGGAAUAUGCAAUAAGUGAAGCUGGAGAGAAUUUGAGGUUGGGCUUAGGCUUUUUUGGGCCGAAAUUUGGGGGCUUGGCCCGAAAAUUUGCGAUUUUUUGAGCCAAAAAUUGAAAAAUUUGAAGAAUUUUGAGUAAUUUUAAGAAAAUUGACGAUUUUUUAGCUGAAAAUCUGAAAUUUUUCAAAUUUUUUAUCCCAGAAAAUUUACUGUUUCAAAAUUUUUAUAUGAAAAAUUUGAAUUUUUGGGAAAUUGAUCAUAUAGCGCCUCUUCUAUUUAGAAAAUCUAAAAAUUUUAAGAAAAUUGACGAUUUUUCAGCUGAAAAUCAGGUUUAAACCUAAUUUCAGAAUUAAUUUUCAAAUUUUUUGAUUCCAGAAAAUAUACUGUUUCACAAUUUUUAGAUGAGAAAUUUGAAUUUUUGGGAAAAUUUGAUUUGAAAAAUUCAGUUUAUGGAUUAAAAAAAUCUGGAAUUUUAAUUCUAAGACGAAUUUAAGGUUAGGCUUAGGCUUAUUAAAAUUUAGACUUGGGCCGAAAAUUUGCGAUUUUUUGAGCCAAAAAUUGGGAAAUUUGGAGAAUUUUUAGUUUUGGUAUGAAAAAAAAUCACUGUUUCAGAAUUAUUAUAAGGAAAAUUUGAGUUUUGGGAAAAUUUGAUAACGCGAACUGAUGGAUGGCCAACGAAUUCUUCUUGAUUUAGAAAAUCUGGAAAUUUUAAGAAAUUAACGAUUUUAUAGCUGAAAAUCAGAUUUCUACCUAAUUUCAGAAUUAAUUUUCAAAUUUUUUAAUCCAAAAAAAUUCACUGUUUCAAAAUUUUUAUGUGGAAAAAUCGAAUUUUCACUAGAUUUGAUUAUACAACGCAUAUGUUGUUCAAAAAAUCUGGAAUUUUAGGACAAAUUUGAGGUUAGGCUUUUAAAAUUAGGCUCGGGGGGAUAAUUUGCGAAUUUUUUACCUGAAAAUUUGAAAUUUUUCAAAUUAUUGAAUCCCAGAAAAUUCACUGUUUCAAAAUUUUAUAUUAAAAAUUUGGAUUUUUGGGAAAAUUUAAUAAUGCGAACGAACCUCCUGGAUUUAGAAAAUCUAAAAAAUUUUAAGAAAAUUAACGAUUUUUCAGCUGAAAAUCAAUUUGAAAAAAUUCGAAAAGAAAUGCAAAUUUUCCAGAUUUUUCAGCUGAAAAUCUGAAAUUUUUCAAAUUUUUUUGUUCUAUAAAAAAUCACUGUUUCAGAAUUUUUUUAUGAAAAAAUUUGAAUUUUUGGGAAAAUUGAUCGAAAAAUGGUAUUUCUGGAUACAAAAAAUCAGGAAUUUUAAGACAAAUUUGAGGUUAACCUUAGGCUUAUUAAAAAUUAGGCUUGGGGGGAAAAAUGUGGGAUUUUUUGAGCCAAAAAUUGAGAAUUUUGGAGAAUUUUAAGUUUUGGUAUGAAAAAAAUCACUGUUACAGAAUUAUUAUAAGGAAAAUUUGAGUUUUGGGAAAAUUUGAUAACGCGAACUGAUGGAUGGCCAACGAAUUCUUCUUGAUUUAGAAAAUCUGGAAAUUUUAAGAAAUUAACGAUUUUAUAGCUGAAAAUCAGAUUUCUACCUAAUUUCAGAAUUAAUUUUCAAAUUUUUUAAUCCAAAAAAAUUCACUGUUUCAGAAUUUUCAAAUGAAAAAUUUAAAUUUUUUGGGUUAGUUAUUGAUUUUGUUUUAUUCCUAUCAAAAAUCUGUAAAAUUUAAGCUUUGGGGGUAAAUUUGAAAAAUUCAAAUAAAAAUGAAAAUUUCCAGAUUUUUUAGCUGAAAAUCUUGUGGUGCCUCCUAGAGAGACGCAGAGACAUGUGCACGCAUGUGCACCCAAGUGUCUCCCCGCCUCUCUAAGAAGCUCAUUCUUUACUAUGUUGCCACAUACAUCGGCCGAUAACAUAUUUUACUUGUAAUAAAUAUUAUACAUGUAAAGGUUGUUAUAUCUAUGAUUGAAAUAUAUAAUGGAGAUGACUGGGAGGUCAUCUACCAUUACAAUCUGAAAUUUUUCGAAUUUUUUAAAUCUGAAAAAAUUCACUGUUUCAAAAUUUAUAUAUGAGAAAUUUGAAUUUUUGGGAAAUUUUGAUAACGUUAUUCCUUCUGGAUUUAGAAAAUCUAAAAAUUUUAAGAAAAUUGACGAUUUUUCAGCUGAAAAUCAGGUUUAAACCUAAUUUCAGAAUUAAUUUUCAAAAUUUUUUAUCCCAGAAAAUUCACUGUUUCAAAAAUUUUAUAUGAAAAAUUUCAAUUUUUGGGAAAAUUGAUAGAUUUAACUUCAAUGUUCUCAGAAAUUUGUGAAAUUUGGGCUUUGAGGGGAAAUUUGAAGAAAUUCAAAGAGAAUUGCUAAUUUUCCAGAUUUUUCAGCUGAAAAUCUGAAAUUUUUCGAAUUUUUUUGGUAUGAAAAAAAUCACUGUUUCAGAAUUUUUAUAAGGAAAAUUUGAAUUUUUGGGAAAAUUAUUUUUUUUAUUGCUCUCAAAAAUUUGUAAAAUUUGGGAUUUGAGGGAAAAUUUGAAGAAAUUCAAAGAGAAAUGCACAUUUUCCAGAUUUUUUAGUUGAAAAUCUGAAAUUUUUCGAAUUUUUUUAGUCUGAAAAAAAUCACUGUUUCAAAUUUUUUAUAAGGAAAAUGGGAGUUUUGGUAAAAUUUGAUAACUUCAACUUUCAAAAUUUUCCAAAAGAUUUGAAGAAAAUUAAAAUUUUUGAGUUUUUUCAGCUGAAAAAAAACAGUUUGAAUUUUUGCAAUUUUUGAACCCUGAAAAAAUUCAAUUUUUUUGUUUCUGAAAUUUUUUUUUAGAAAAAACAAAAUGUUCUUGAAAUUGACUUUGGCUGUAAAUAUUUUUAAAUUUCUGGAUUUUCAUGAAAAAUUACAGCUGAAAAUCAGGUUUAAACCUAAAUUCAGGAUUAAUUUUGCAAUUUUUUAAUUCUAGAAAUAUCACUGUUUCAAAAUUUUUAUAUGAGAAAUUUGAAUUUUUGCAAAAUUUGAUAUAUACAAUUUUAACGCUAUCGAAAAUCUGGAAUUUUAAGAAAAUUGAGGAUUUUUCAGCUGAAAAUCAGGUUUAAAUCUAAUUUCAGAAUUAAUUUUCGAUUUUUUUGAUCCAAAAAAAUUCACUGUUUCAAAAUUUUCAUUUAAUUUUUUUUUCUUGCGAAGUUUUGUUUUUUUUUUCUUCAAUUGACACGGUCUAAAUGUUCUGAAAUUUGAUUGAAAAUUUUUUGAAAAUCUGAAUUUUUAUGAAUUUUCAGCAUGACCAUCCUUUUUUCAUCAGUGAAUUUUUUUAAUUCGAAAAAAUUCACUGUUUCAAAAAUUUUCAUAUUAAAAAUUUGAAUUUUUGGGAAAAUUGAUAAUUCGAAUGUCACAGGAUUUAAAAAAUCUGAAAAUUAAAAAAAAAUUAACAAUUUUUCAGCUGAAAAUCAGGUUUAAACCUAAUAUCAGAAUUAAUUUUUUAAUUUUUUUAUCCCAGAAAAUUUACUGUUUCAAAAUUUUGUUAUCAAAAAUUUGAAUUUUUUGAAAAUUGAUAAUUUGUAGUUCCAGUUUUGAAUAUUUUUUUAAGAUUCAAAGAAAAUUAAAAUUUUUGAGUUUCUUCAACUUAAAAUCAGUUUUCUUCUGAAUUUUUGCUAUUUUUGAACCCUGAAAAAAUUCACUGUUUCAAAAUUUUUAUAUGAAAAAUUGGAGUUUUGGGAAAAUUGAUGGAAUUAACUUUAACUUUAUCAAAAAUCUUUAAAAUUUGGGGUUUAAGGGGAAAUUUGAAGAAAUUCAAAGAAGAAAUGCAAAUUUUCCAGAUUUUUCAGCUGAGAAUCUGAAAUUUUUGCGAAUUUUUUGAUCUGAAAAAUUUCACUGUUUCAAAGCUUUUAUAUUGAAAAUUUGAAUUUUUGAAAAUUUUGAUUCUACAACGUCUAAGUCUGUUAGAAAAUCUGGAAAUUUAAGCUUUAAGGGGAAAUUUAAAGAAAUUCAAAGAGAAAUGCAAAUUUUCCAGAUUUUUUAGCUGAAAAUCUGAAAUUUUCGAAUUUUUUUGAUCCAAAAAAAUUCACUGUUUCACAAUUUUCAUUAAAUUUUUUUUCUCUUGUGAAGUUUUGGUUUUUUUUCUUCAAAUGACACGGUCUAAAUGUUCUGAAAUUUGACUGCAAAUUUUUUGAAAAUGUGAAUUUUUCUGAAUUUUCAGCAUCACCAUCCUUUUUUAUCAUCAGUGAUUUUUUUUUAUUUGAAAAAAUUCACUGUUUCAAAAUUUUUAUAUGAGAAAUUUGAACUUUCGCAAAAUUGAUAUGUCGUUAGUUCCGAUUACAGAAUUUUAGAAAAAAUAUUUGAAGAAAAUCAAAAUUUUUGAGUUUUUUCAGCAAAAAAUAUCAGUUUUCACCUGCAUUUUUUUGUUUCUGAAAGUUUAUUUUUUUUUAGAAAAAACAAAAUAUUCAGAAAAUUGACUUUGGCUGUAAAUAUUUUUAAAUUUCUGGAUUUUUAUCAAAAUUUCAGCUGAAAAUCAGGUUUAAACCUAAUUUCAGAAUUAAUUUUCAAAUUUUUUUGGUCUGAAAAAGUUCACUGUUUCAAAAUAUUUUAUAAGAAAAAUUUGGAUUUUUUGAGAAAAUUGAUCAUAUAGCGCCUCUUCUAUUUAGAAAAUCUAGAAAUUUUUAGAAAAUUAACGAUUUUCAGCUGAAAAUCAGGUUUCAACCUAAUUUCAGAAUUAAUUUUUCAAUUUUUUUAUUCCAGAAAAUUCACUGUUUCAAAAUUUUGUUAUCAAAAAUUUGAAUUUUUUGAAAAUUGAUAAUUUGUAUUUCCAGUUUUGAAUAUAUUUUUAAGAUUUAAAGAAAAUUAAAAUUUUUGAGUUUCUUGUGAUGAAAAUAUCAGUUUUCACCUGAGUUUUUGCAAUUUUUGAACCCUAAAAAAUUCACUGUUUCAAAAAUUUUAUAUUGAAAAUUGAAUUUUUCGGAAAAGUUAUUGAUUCGAAAAUUUUAUAAAUCGAAAUUUUGGGAAAAUUUACGAUUUUUAGCUGAAAAUCAGGUUCAAACCUAAUUUCAGAAUUAAUUUUCAAAUUUUUUAAUCCCAGAAAAUUCACUGUUUCAAAAAUUUUAUAAGGAAAUUUGAAUUUUUUGAAAAUGUUGAUUCUAUAAUGUCUAAGUCUGUUAGAAAAUCUGGAAAUUUAAGCGUUAAGGGAAAAUUUGAAGAAAUUCAAAGAGAAAUGCCAAUUUUCCAGAUUUUUUUCGCUGAAAAUCUGAAAUUUUUCGGAUUUUUUAAUCCAAAAAAAAUUCACUGUUUCAGAAUUUUUGGGAAAUUUGAUAGGAAGGCACCUUCUGGAAUUAGAAAAUCUGGAAAUUUUAAGAAAAUUCACGAUUUUUCAGCUGAAAAUCAGGUUUAAACCUAAUUUUAAAUCUAUUUUCAAAUUUUUUGAUCCAAAAAAAUUCACUGUUUCAGAAUUUUUGUAUGAACAAUUUGAAUUUUUGGAAAAAUUUGAUAAUGUUAUUGCUAAUGGAGUCACAAAAAAUCUUGAAUAUUAAGAAAAAUUUGAGGUUAAGCUUAGGCUUAAUUAAAAUUUCGACUUGGGGGAAAAUUGCGAUUUUUUGAGCCAAAAAUUAGGAAAUUUGGAGAAUUUUGAGCUUUGGUGCGGAUAAAAUCACUGUUUCAAAAUUUUCAUUUAAUUUUUUUUUCUCUUGCGAAGUUUUUUUUUUGAAACAGUAAAUUUUCUUGGAUUAAAAAAAUCGAAAAAUAAAUCUGAAAUUAGGUUGAAACCUGAUUUUCAGCUAAAAAAGUCGUCAAUUUUCUUCAAUUUUCCAGAUUUUUUAGCUGAAAAUUUGAAAUUUUCGAAUUUUUUUGGUCUGAAAAAUUCACUGUUUCAAAAUUUUGUUAUCAAAAAUUUGAAUUUUUUGAAAAUUGAUAAUUUGUAGUUCCAGUUUUGAAUAUUUUUUUAAGAUUUAAAGAAAAUGAAAAUUUUUGAGUUUCUUCAGAUGAAAAUAUCAGUUUUCACCCGAAUUUUUGCAAUUUUUGAACCCUGAAAAAUUCACUGUUUCACAAUUUUUAUAUUGAAAAUUUGAAUUUUUGGGAAAAUUGAUGACAAAACAAUGAAAUUUAAAAAAUCAAAGAAAUAAUCAUGCCACGUGGCAAAAAAGGCCCUACAGUAACCCUAGUCGGAAUUUUCUUAAUAUGAGCAAUGGUUGAAAAAAGGUCAUUUUUGGGUCAAAACCCAUCAUUUUCCAUCAAAUUUCUCGAAUUUUCCCCCAAAAAUCAGCAUUUUCGAGCAUUUUCAGCCUGAAAACCGAAAAAUCUGAAAUUUUUCAGUGUUGGUCAACGUCAAUUGGUCGCAUUAGCCCGUGCCUUGCUCCGCCACACAAAAGUCCUGGUUUUGGAUGAAGCCACAGCCGCCGUCGACGUGGCAACCGAUUCAUUGAUUCAGGAGACGAUUCGGACGGAGUUCAGGAAUUGCACGGUGUUUACGAUUGCUCAUAGGUUGAAUACGAUUAUGGAUUAUGAUCGGUGAGCAUUUUUGGAGCAUUUUGAGCCAAAAAUCGAUAAUUUUGGAGCAUUUUGAGCCGGAAAACUUGAAAUUUGGAGCAUUUUGAGCCAAAAAACGAUAAUUUUGGAGCAUUUUGAGCCAAAAACUUGAAAUUCUCAUUUCUAGAUCAAAAUUUCGUGAAAAAUUCAAAUUUUCCCGCCAAAACCACUACAGUACCCCAAUUCCUCUCUUCCAGAAUAAUGGUUUUGGACAAGGGUUCAAUCAUCGAAUUCGACUCACCCGACACACUGAUGGCCGACAAAAAUUCGGUUUUCGCCAAAAUGGUCGCCGAUUCGGCGUCGAAUCAAAAAUCAUAA